AUGCAUUUUUAUAAUUCAUUUUUAUCCAUCUUGUCAGUCACGACAUUAUUACUUCAAUUCGGUAAUGUUUUAGGUGUAAAUAUUCCAAGAUCAGCUUAUCAAAAUGAGCAAGUUUUAUCAUUAAGUGAUGAUGAAUAUGAGAAGCUUUCAACUGAAAAUCUAAAUAGAAUUAUUGAAGAAAAAAAUUCGGAAUUAGUUGGUGAAAGUAUUUCAACAGAAACUUCAACUCAAUUAACUGGUUGGGGUUUAACUGAUUAUGUUAAAAUUUAUUAUCCAUCAACCACUCAAGAACUCUCUACAUCAGCUGGUCCUAUAACAGCUGCUACUUCAUAUGUUACAGAAACUAAUACGCUGAAAGUCUCAGAAACAAAAAUAACUAAAUAUACAACAAUAUAUGGUACAGAUUCAAUAAUUCAAACUGAAACCAUAGAAGGUGCAAAAACAAAUACCGUGAGAGUCAUUUAUCCACCAAAUCCAACUAGUUUUACCACGUACUUUAGUUAUAAGACUUACUUAGAGACCAUUACUAAGACGGCCACUUUUGGAGGUACUAACACAGUCCACGUUGUUUAUCCAAGAAAUCCAACAGUAACUUCAACACAUUUUGGAGAUGUAACAGCACGUCUGGUUAGUGUUGAGACUGGUGAUUUUGAUGGUACAGAUAUUCGUCAUGUAAUUUAUCCACCAAAUACUACUAAAACCACUACCGUGUAUGGAACUGCAGAAACUAUUGAAACAAGUACUGAGUAUGGUGGUUUCGGAAGUAGAGAUACAGUUAAGGUUUUAUACCCACCAAACCCGACUACCUAUAUCACAAAUCAAGCCGCUGUUUCUUCUACCACUACUCAAACAGGAAAAAUUGGUGGAACAGAUACCGUUAGAUUUUGGUUACCAUCAUCCACUAUCAAAUCAACUAAGUAUACAACAGUUUAUGGAACUGAUUCAACAAUUCAAACUUCAACCAUAGAGGGAACAAAAACAGAUACAGUACAAAUUAUCUACCCACCAAAUGAACAAUAUUUCACUACUUACUUCAGUUACAAAACUUUCCUUGAAACUCAAACUAUAACUGCAACUUUUGGAGGUACUAACACAGUUCACGUUGUUUAUCCAAAAAAUCCAACAGUUACCUCAACACAUUUUGGAGACGUUACAGCACGUCUGGUUAGUGUUGAGACCGGUGAUUUUGAUGGUACAAAUAUUUAUCACGUAAUUUAUCCACCAAAUACUACUAAAACUACCACCGAGUAUGGAACUGCAGAAACUAUUGAAACAAGUACUGAGUAUGGUACUUUUGGAAGUAGAGAUACUGUUAGAGUUUUAUAUCCACCAAACCCAACGACCUAUAGUACAAUUUGGGUAAAUCCAACAAAUAUUCCAUCAAGUACUACCCAAACUGGGAAAAUUGGUGCAACUGAUACAAUGAAAAUAUGGUUACCAUCAUCAAUUGUUAAAUCAACUAAAUAUACCACAGUUUAUGGUACUGAUUCAACAAUUCAAACUUCAACCAUAGAAGGAACUAAAACAGAUACAGUACAAAUUAUCUACCCACCAAAUGAGCAAUAUUUCACUACUUAUUUCAGUUACAAAACUUUUCUUGAAACUCAAACCAAAACUGCAACUUUUGGAGGUAUUGAUACAGUAAAUGUUGUUUAUCCAAAAAAUCCAACAGUUACCUCAACUCACUUUGGUGAUGUAACGGCACGUCUGGUAAGUGUUGAGACUGGUGAUUUUGAUGGUACAAAUAUUUAUCACGUAAUUUAUCCACCAAAUACUACUAAAACUACCACCGUGUAUGGAACAGCAGAAACUAUUGAAACAAGUACUGAGUAUGGUACUUUUGGAAGUAGAGAUACUGUUAGAGUUUUAUAUCCACCAAACCCAACGACCUAUAGUACAAUUUGGGUAAAUCCAACAAAUAUUCCAUCAAGUACCACUCAAACUGGGAAAAUUGGUGCAACUGAUACAAUGAAAAUAUGGUUACCAUCAUCAAUUGUUAAAUCAACUAAAUAUACCACAAUUUAUGGUACUGAUUCAACAAUUCAAACUUCAACCAUAGAAGGAACAAAAACAGAUACAGUACAAAUUAUCUACCCACCAAAUGAGCAAUAUUUUACUACUUAUUUCAGUUACAAAACUUUCCUUGAAACUCAAACUAAAACUGCAACUUUCGGAGGUAUUGAUACAGUUAAUGUUGUCUACCCAAGAAACCCAACAGUAACUACAACUCACUUUGGAGAUGUAACAGCACGUCUGGUUAGUGUUGAGACCGGUGAUUUUGAUGGUACAGAUAUUCGUCAUGUAAUUUACCCACCAAAUACUACUAAAACUACCACCGUUUUUGGAACUGCAGAAACUAUUGAAACAAGCACUGAGUAUGGUGGUUUUGGAAGUAGAGAUACAGUUAAGGUUUUAUACCCACCAAAUACAACAACUUAUAUAACUGGUCAACUUGCUCCAACUGCCGUUCCUUCAAGUACUACUCAAACUGGUAAAAUUGGUGCUACUGAUACCGAGAGUGAAAGAAUGAGAAGAAUAUCUUUAAGAUUUAAAAGUUAUAAGUCUCCGAAUUUUCACAAAAGUGAAGGAGCUUCCACAAUAAGAAUCAAAACUCCCGAAAAACCAUCCACUACAACUUCUCCAACAUCAUCAUCAUCAACAACUUCAACAACAACAGACUCAUAUAAAUCCCAAAACUCCCCCUUUGUAAAAGAAUUAAUUCAAACAGGCAAACCAAAUUGGUCAAAAGCCCCACCACAAUUAAAACAAAGAUAUAAAGGAAUACACUUGAUACUAUUAUCAAUUCCCAUAAUUGGAAUAAGUUCAUAUGAAUUACGGGCAAGAUUAGAUGGUAAAUCAGUUAAAAAAAUGCAAACUGGAGAAAUAUUACCUGAUGGAACUAUUAGAGAAUUUAAUGAAUUUGAAAAAUAUCAAAAUGAGAAAAAUAGCUUGUUUGGGAAAAUAUUUGGGUUGGAUUUCUUUUUGGAUGGAUUAACUAGUAAGACAAUGAAUAAAGGUUUAGAUAAAAAGGAAAUUGGGAAAGAAUAG